GCUGCCUAGAUGGAUUUACUCAUUUACAGGCUACGUGACAUUGUAUGUCUGUCGCCUGCAUUUUUUUGGUGCAUGACCAAGAAUCUUUUUGGAUAUUUCCUUUGGCUCUAUACUUCUCGCCUUCCCACAAAAAAUGGGGAAGCUUGCGCUAUCGUCGCUGUUUCUCAUCCAAGAGUGUGUAUAUAUAUGUAUAACGAAAAAAGUCGCUUUCAUGCUCCCUCCUGCGGGGGCUAGAUCUGAGCUCAAUUCACCAACGUAAAAAGAACAAGAAUGAGGCGCAUUCACUCGCUUUGAUCCACCACAUCAGGUCUGCGGAAUCGUUCCAAGAGCCCUGUCAAAGCACUCAUCGGCUCCUUCACAUCCUGCAAAGCGUCCUGUUGAAACAGCGGACUACGCGGACUGAUGGAUGCUUCGUCUUUCAGUCUUCCGCCGCUGUUCAGCACGUGCAGCUGAUCGAUGCUGCCUUGAAACCAACCGGUCUGAGGAUCGAAGCGUGGCGAGGAGGCGCAUCCGACCCAUGAGUGCCCGUCAAAUUCGUCGUCGUCGUCGGCAGUCGAGUCGGAAAUGGCGGAUUGGCCGAAGCGGAACUCGUAGACUUCGGAGCGAGCAUCGUCGGCGUCGGAGGCGGAAUCGGUCGUCGUCGUGUCGCCAAAGGCGUAGAAUGUGUUUUCUUCUCCGUCAGAGGCGGGAUAACCAGCGACGACGAAGUCGUCCUCGACAUCUUCGCUUUCAUCGUGGCCAUCGUCGUGCCGGUAGGCUCGAGCUGCACGAUUGCCUGCGAUUUGACGAUUGACAGCACGUAACUCGUCUCGCAGUCUGGCUUUGGAGAAAGCGUUGGACGCCUGUUCCAUUCGAAGUUCGAUCGACUGCGCACUGGCGAGGAGGUGAGCGUCGGGGGUCUUUUGCUGGUAGACUUCAUCUUCCAUGGCGGUGGCGGAAUCCACCCGCUCCAGAGGCUCCCUCGUCAUCACGUCGCAGAAAUGCUUUUCGAAAGUCUUGCGAUGAAUGGAGUCGGGAAGGGCAAAGAUGACUUCAUCGAUCGAAUCCCACUGCUCUGCGUUGGGACGUCGUUGUCUCUGCGCACCGGAUAUGACUUUUCGCCACAACUUAGCGACUUCUUCGGCCGGAUGAUUCAUGCCUCCGACUCCCCAUGCUCCCAGGAUCAGACGCUUAGUACCCUUCAUCUGGGCGAUGCGAAGCACCGCCUUCAUCUUUUGCAUCAUGAUGCUCCUGUGCUCAUCGCAGUAGCUGACACCACACGAGCAAAAGGCAUCAGCAUUUUCGUCCCAACUCUUCUCUCGCGGAUGCUUGAAUGUGCCAGCCGUAAUCACAUCGAUGAAGAAGCGCUGCCGCUUCUUGUAGUCCUCGGCAUGAGCAUCGCGAAAAACCAGAAUAUCGGGCGAAAAGACACCGCCCUUGACGGGUAAGGAGUAGAAGUCGUCAUGCAACGACUCGUACAGCGUCGUUCGCGCGCACAAAUACUCUUCCUGGCCUCCAAUGCCUCUCAGGAAUCCGCCUCCUCGAACUGUCAUGGAUCCCAUAUUAUGGACAGCGACAUUGGGGCGUUCUUGGCUCGACCGGCGAGUGUCUGAGGUGGCGAAAUGUCGUUCAGAAAUCUUUCGGGCCACGUCGAGGCAGCCUCCAUGUUCGAUGCGGAUGGUCAGAUGUGACGGAUGUACUGGACCCGCCGCACUGGCAGUCGUGCUGACUACUAUCGGCUGUGGAUCGUCAAUGAGUUCGCUUCGGAGCACUCCAUGCUUGGCCUUGAUACUGGAUCUCAGAACUUCGGGAAUGGCUCGUGCAACAGUCUGUCUUGCUCGGGAUUCGCGUUCUGCGCGCUCUGCCUGCCCCAUAUCUUGCAGUAUGAUUGCGUGGUGGAGAAUGGGCAGUGGCUAUACAUGUAGUGGUGACAAUCAGGAAGACAUCAGAACCGACUUGGGAGUUUCCGUUGGUGGUGGUGGUGGUGGAGGUGGUGCCUCAGCAAGGUACAUGUAGCCCGAACAAGGGAGUGUCGUCACGCGGAGAGCAGAUUGAUGAAGAAGUCGAGGGUAGGGUAGGCUGGAGGUACAUGUAGAGGGAGGAGGUAUUAGGUAUUGGUGGAUAGUUUUGGGCGCUUUAGCGUUCGUCCAGUUGCAUGUGAAAGGCGUCCAGAUGCCUGCAAUUCCGGGCCGGCAGAUGUUGCCGUGAACGGCGUGUGAAGGGUCCACUAGACCGGAGUGUCUCGUGCUCAGUCGUCAAAGUAAUGUGUUGUGUGGCCUCUUACGUCGAAGCCUAUUCUUGCAUUUCGCUGGCCGUGCAUCUUCAUGUGAAAGGGCUGCUGGGGCUGGGGCUGGGGCUGGCGACCACUGACGAGACUGACCAGGCCAGGCCCGGCGACGAGAGAGAGGCGGAAGAACAAACAAAGAAGAAGCGCACGCGGCACGCCGCACGCUCAUCACAGCGGGACAAUAACAAUGAGGUAUUAGGUACCGUACAUCCUGCGCGUGCUGCAGCAGUGCACCUGGCGCCCCGAAGCGAGGUUGCGCCCCGGCGCGCGUGUUCCAUUGACCAUGUUCCUAGGUUGGUGCCGCUCGACACUCGUCACCCGUCAGAGCACACGUGUGCGUGUGCUGUACCUCUACCUCACUACCUCUACCUCACUACCUUGGUCGCUGCACUGAAACAGGUCUGGUUUGCCAUGGGCUGGGCGGGCGCAGUGCUGCUUGGUCAGGUCGCUAAUGACUGUCUCAUUGCAAUUGCCGUGGAGAUGCGCGAUACGAACGCCCUGCGCGCAGACGGGCCCGACAAUUGGUCUAUUUUAUGCUACGGGAGGGAGGGAGGGUACGACUACGAAGGAACGAGAUCUGUCGUGCAAAACGGACGAUUCACAUUUAGACGAGACGACACCCGAGCCGUCGCCAUGUUUGGCUGUUUGCAAGUGGACAGGCAUUACCUAUCCUGCCCUCUCAUCAGAUAUCUUUUCACAUGCUUCGAGCCCAUUUUGCGAUGCGGCGGCGGGCGGGCGGCGGGCAUGGAGUCCGACUGGCAGAGGAUGGCCGGUCAGCAUGUGAAUAUUGUCGUAGGUACGUUACCUUCUACCUCCUACGAGGAAGUUGUUUGUGGUGAUGAGACAGACGCACAGACGAAUACUGUAUGA